AUGAGUCGUUCCGUGCCGAACUCGGAGACAAUCAUCUUCGUGACAACGGCAUCUGAAGAGGAGCCACCGGUUGUCGAGAGGCGACCUCCCAGCAGGAACCAGAUGUCACGCAAGACCGUCUACAAGAUCGUGCACGAGCAGCAGCCACCGUCCCCCCCGCCGCCGGCGCCCGAAGAGGACGAAGAGCAACGGGAGAUGAGCCUGAGCGCCUCCGAGGAGGAGGCCGACGUGCCCAUGGGCAAGGCGCAGAGACUCCCGAGUGGAUCGCAAGUUAUGCGCGUCCUCCCGCAGGGUACAAGCAUUGUGCUUGAAGAGAUAAGCACCCCGCCGCCAGCGCGCCCACCGUCCGUGACGAUGCCCCCGAGGCGAAAGUCCCUGCCAGCUUCGAUGCCUCCCAAGAGCCCCAAGCCCCAGUCUCGUCCGGCGUCUAGGUCGAAGUCGCGACCGAUCUCGCCAGCCAUCAUUAAAGUGGUCCAGGAGCAGAGCUGGUACGAGAGCGAACCCGAGCCGGAGCCGGCACUCGAGCGGGAGGCCUCCUCGACGUCCGACGAAACGGAGUUCAAAAUCAAGUUCGAGAUCGGUGCCCCUUGCGGUUCGGAAGAGGAAGGGAAGCCUGAGCGGCGCAGGCUUUCCAAGUCACCCGAACCGUGCCUCGACUGCUUGGAGGAGUUUGUCCGCCGUAAGAGAGCCGAGAAGCAGCGCCAGAGCUCGGAAGCUUCGUCGCAGGUUGAAGACACGAUGAGCAACAAGCGCAUGUCCUCUCGCCGCUCGUCGAAGUCGACAGCGACAUCAGUGCAGAGCUACCGUUGCUCCAAGUGCAUGGCGUGCAAGUCUUGCGUAAGCGUAAGCGUCACCGUGCCGAUAGCCAGGAAGUAA